CUAAGAUAGUCCAACAGCUUUCCUUGACUUGAUCUCCUUCUCUCAAUUUCUACUCCUCACAGACUUUGACUCACCUCUACACAAUAAUGGCUGACUGUGGUCCAUCCUGCGCUGUCCCAUCCUGUGCUUCCACUCCCACUGUUGGAUUUGGAUCAGCAGGAGGUCUUGGCUAUGGGUAUGGAGGUCAUGGCUACGGAUACGGAGGUCUCGGCUAUGGCUAUGGAGGUCUCGGCUACGGUUAUGGAGGUGCUGAAAGAGCAACCAACCUCGGAGUACUGGCAGGAGUUGCCCCAUCAUGCGUCAACCAGAUCCCACCAGCAGAGGUUGUGAUCCAGCCACCUCCUACCGUCCUGACCAUCCCAGGACCCAUCCUCUCUGCCAGUUGUGAGCCUGUGUCUGUCGGAGGCAACACUCCAUGUGCUGCUGGUGGCUAUGGAUCCGGAUUUGGCAGCGGAUUUGGCAGAGGGCUCUAUGGUGGUGCAGGUCUUCUGGGGUCUAGCUCUGGUGGUUUGGGGGGCCGUGGCCGUUAUGGGUUUGUGGGGCGUAGAGGCAGCAUCUGCUAUACCCCCUGCUAAGCUCUCACGGUCUGUCAACAAGGAGGAAAGAAAAAGAGAUCUGUGGUGGACUAUUUCGGUCUGAUUUUAGAUAUGCUGAACCCCCAAACUCCCUAGGCAAUCCCAAUGGGAGCUGGGAGAGUGUUCUGCAUCCCUUGUAAUCAGGCCCAUCUAGAACAUGCAGCUGUUUCCAGUUUAAUUUUAUCUCACUUUCCCCUGCUAGUUACUAUGAUAUUUAUUUGCCUACGUCUCUUUGAAACACACCAAUUCGCAUUGGGAAGAAAAGCACAAGAUCCAUUCACUAUGUCUAUGAAAUUAGCAUGCAUGUGUAAAUAUGGGUAAUUGGGACUUAAUGUAAAGGAAGGUGGAAAGAAUGUUCUAUACAUGUAGAACCCCCUACUCUUCUUCCAGCCUGAAAAAAUAAUUCUAAAGGAGAAGAUGUUCACUGGAAUGUGUUCUUUUUUGCUUUAUUGUCUUCCAGUAUGCUUAGUAUUCACUUGAAUACUUUUACUGUUUGAAAUUCCCAAUAAAACU